AUGUCAAACAUUUUUUUAAUCUUCACGCUGCUGAAUAUUGAUAAAACUACAAAUAUAAGUAAUAAAAGUGAGAAAAGUUCUCGCGUGGCGAAAGACGAACGAUACGACACGAAAGAUAAAAACGCAGCAUGGCAGGCCCUCUACUACAUAGAUGGACAAGUCUGGCCAAGGGCAUCAGAGAGGCUGCCGGGGCUGCGGGAUUGUUCGCGCGAGUUACCGCGGCCCUGUUGCUGCAUCGCAUGCACUUUAGAAUCAGUUGCAUAUAUAAGCUGCACCAGGGUAGGUCUGGUCAUCAUUCGAUCAGUUGGUGGUUCCACCGCUGACAUGGGUGCUAUCAAGGUCCUCAUUGGGCUGUGGCUGCUCAGUAUCCUGAGCGCAAAUGCGUCAAGCAUUCCAGCAGUCCAAAGCGUAAGCAUUACUGACGAACAGAGCGACUACAAUCAAGAUAGCAACGAAUCGAAAGCCUACAUAAAAGAUCAAUGGGGCACUCGAGGAUAUUCAGCUAAAAGCGACUCCGAAAAACUAGAUGAAUCCAGUUCAUCACUUACAUCAGAUGCCACUGGUACUACUAAAACUGCCAACGCUAGAGGCUUUGCAAAUGAAGAAGAAAAACUGAGUAGCUUUUCAGUCAGUGCAGAUGGCAGACAGAAGAGUAAAUUUGCAAGUGAAAGAGCAGCUAGCGAAGCGUAUGAUAAGAAGAAGUUUGAAUACGUUGGAGCUGAUGGUACGGUGGUUAAAAAUGAAGAGUCAGAUGAAUCUGAGAGCAGUUCUACGUCGACUAGUAGUACUACUGUAGUUGAAUCGCCGCCGGCUGAGGUGCCGCCGGAUCAUAAAGGUCAUCACCAAAAAGUCUGGGUGAACGUCGAUGUACCAGAUGUCGCUGGUUCUGGAGAAACCGACUGGUCUGUUGAGGAGAAGUUCGAGACCUUAGAAAAUGGGGUACCUUGCGUUUUGAUGAAAUUUGUAGCUAAAAAACCAAAGAAGAGCACUGUUAUCAGCAGUUCUUCAUCAAGCUCACACAAUGCUCAUCAUAGCUCAAAGUCAUCUACUUCCAUAACUCCCGGAUCACCAAACGUCGGGCCAGGAGGACCAAGGUACCUAGGACCACCGGUAGUAGCUCCUGGAGAUAACAAUCCUGCUGCAACCCGUCCGGUAGCUAUACCAGCUCCAGGAUCACCAAACGUCGGGCCAGGAGGACCAGGGUACCUAGGACCACCGGUAGUAGCUCCUGGAGAUAGCGGGACGGUAGCUGUACCAGCUCCAGGAUCACCAAACGUCGGGCCAGGAGGACCAAGGUACCUAGGACCGCCGGUAGUCGCUCCUGGAGAUAGCGGGACGGUAGCUGUACCAGCUUCUUCUUCACCAAUCAUCAUCCAAGGUCGGGAUACCACUUCGGUCGGUUCUGUGACCACUACCAGCGCAACAAGUGCUGGUCCAAACGGAGCUCAGUCUACAUCUGGGGGCAGUAUCAAUGUUGGUCAAACAUCUUCAGGUAUCGACGUAGUUAUUGGACCCUCUAGUGGAUCAGGCAGCCCAGCCAUAAUCGUGCAAGGACGGGACACAACUCAAGUUGCUUCGGCUAAUUCUAACGGUGCAAGCGUUGUUGGUCCCAAUGGAGCUCAGUCUACAUCGGGGGGCAGUGUCAAUGUUGGGCAAACUUCUUCAGGUAUUGAUGUAGUUAUUGGACCCGGUAAUAACGGUGGAUCAGGAAACCAAGUAACUAUCGUCCAAGGAGGAGACACUUCCCAGGUCGGUUCAACAGUAGCGAACGGUGCCAGUGGCACUGAUGGAAAUGGCGCUUGGACGGCAAAUGGUGGCUCCAGCAAUGUUGGCCAAACCACUUCUGGCACAGACGUAGUUACUACUGGCAACGACAACGGAUGGUACGGACCAGGAGGUCAAACGACCGUCGUCCAAGGAGGAGACACUUCCCAGGUUGGUUCAACGGUAGCAAACGGUGCCAGUGGCACUGAUAACAAUGGCCCUUGGCCGGCAAAUGGCAAUGGCGCUUGGACGGCAAAUGGUGGCUCCAGCAAUGUUGGCCAAACCACUUCUGGCACAGACGUAGUUACUACUGGCAACGACAACGGAUGGUACGGACCAGGAGGUCAAACGACCGUCGUCCAAGGAGGAGACACUUCCCAGGUUGGUUCAACGGUAGCAAACGGUGCCAGUGGCACUGAUAACAAUGGCCCUUGGCCGGCAAAUGGCAAUGGCGCUUGGACGGCAAAUGGUGGCUCCAGCAAUGUUGGCCAAACCACUUCUGGCACAGACGUAGUUGCUACUGGCAACGACAACGGAUGGUACGGACCAGGAGACCAAACGACCGUCGUCCAAGGAGGAGACACUUCCCAGGUCGGUUCAACGGCAGUAAACGGUGCCAGUGGUACUGGCACUGAUGGCAAUGGCCCUUGGCCGGCAAAUGGCAAUGGCGCUUGGACGGCAAAUGGUGGGUCCAGCAAUGUUGGCCAAACCACUUCUGGCACAGACGUAGUUGCUACUGGCAACGACAACGGAUGGUACGGACCAGGAGGUCAAACGACCGUCGUCCAAGGAGGAGACACUUCCCAGGUCGGUUCAACGGCAGUAAACGGUGCCAGUGGCACUGGCACUGAUGGAAAUGGCGCUUGGACGGCAAAUGGUGGCUCCAGCAAUGUUGGCCAAACCACUUCUGGCACAGACGUAGUUGCUACUGGCAACGACAACGGAUGGUACGGACCAGGAGACCAAACGACCGUCGUCCAAGGAGGAGACACUUCCCAGGUCGGUUCAACGGCAGUAAACGGUGCCAGUGGUACUGGCACUGAUGGCAAUGGCCCUUGGCCGGCAAAUGGCAAUGGUGCUUGGACGGCAAAUGGUGGGUCCAGCAAUGUUGGCCAAACCACUUCUGGCACAGACCUAGUUACUACUGGCAACGACAACGGAUGGUACGGACCAGGAGGUCAAACGACCGUCGUCCAAGGAGGAGACACUUCCCAGGUCGGUUCAACGGUAGCAAACGGUGCCAGUGGCACUGAUGGCAAUGGCGCUUGGCCGGCAAAUGGCAAUGGCGCUUGGACGGCAAAUGGUGGCUCCAGCAAUGUUGGCCAAACCACUUCUGGCACAGACGUAGUUGCUACUGGCAACGACAACGGAUGGUACGGACCAGGAGACCAAACGACCGUCGUCCAAGGAGGAGACACUUCCCAGGUCGGUUCAACGGCAGUAAACGGUGCCAGUGGUACUGGCACUGAUGGCAAUGGCCCUUGGCCGGCAAAUGGCAAUGGUGCUUGGACGGCAAAUGGUGGGUCCAGCAAUGUUGGCCAAACCACUUCUGGCACAGACCUAGUUACUACUGGCAACGACAACGGAUGGUACGGACCAGGAGGUCAAACGACCGUCGUCCAAGGAGGAGACACUUCCCAGGUCGGUUCAACGGCAGUAAACGGUGCCAGUGGCACUGGCACUGAUGGAAAUGGCGCUUGGACAGCAAAUGGUGGCUCCAGCAAUGUUGGCCAAACCACUUCUGGCACAGACGUAGUUACUACUGGCAACGACAACGGAUGUGGUACUGGCACUGAUGGCAAUGGCCCUUGGCCGGCAAAUGGCAAUGGCGCUUGGACGGCAAAUGGUGGCUCCAGCAAUGUUGGCCAAACCACUUCUGGCACAGACGUAGUUACUACUGGCAACGACAACGGAUGGUACGGACCAGGAGACCAAACGACCGUGGUCCAAGGAGGAGACACUUCCCAGGUCGGUUCAACGGCAGUAAACGGUGCCAGUGGCACUGGCACUGAUGGAAAUGGCGCUUGGACAGCAAAUGGUGGCUCCAGCAAUGUUGGCCAAACCGCUUCUGGCACAGACGUAGUUACUACUGGCAACGACAACGGAUGGUACGGCCCAGGACCCCAAACGACCGUCGUCCAAGGAGGAGACACUUCCCAGGUCGGUUCAACGGCAGUAAACGGUGCCAGUGGCACUGGAACUGAUGGAAAUGGCGCUUGGACAGCAAAUGGUGGCUCCAGCAAUGUUGGCCAAACCACUUCUGGCACAGACGUAGUUACAACUGGCAACGACAACGGAUGGUACGGCCCAGGACCCCAAACGACCGUCGUCCAAGGAGGAGACACUUCCCAGGUCGGUUCAACGGCAGUAAACGGUGCCAGUGGCACUGGCACUGAUGGAAAUGGCGCUUGGACAGCAAAUGGUGGCUCCAGCAAUGUUGGCCAAACCACUUCUGGCACAGACGUAGUUACUACUGGCAACGACAACGGAUGGUACGGCCCAGGACCCCAAACGACCGUCGUCCAAGGAGGAGACACUUCCCAGGUCGGUUCAACGGCAGUAAACGGUGCCAGUGGCACUGGAACUGAUGGAAAUGGCGCUUGGACAGCAAAUGGUGGCUCCAGCAAUGUUGGCCAAACCACUUCUGGCACAGACGUAGUUACAACUGGCAACGACAACGGAUGGUACGGCCCAGGACCCCAAACGACCGUCGUCCAAGGAGGAGACACUUCCCAGCUACUACUGGCAACGACAACGGAUGGUACGGCCCAGGACCCCAAACGACCGUCGUCCAAGGAGGAGACACUUCCCAGAGGAGGUCAAACGACCGUCGUCCAAGGAGGAGACACUUCCCAGGUCGGUUCAACGGCAGUAAACGGUGCCAGUGGCACUGGCACUGAUGGAAAUGGCGCUUGGACAGCAAAUGGUGGCUCCAGCAAUGUUGGCCAAACCGCUUCUGGCACAGACGUAGUUACUACUGGCAACGACAACGGAUGGUACGGCCCAGGACCCCAAACGACCGUCGUCCAAGGAGGAGACACUUCCCAGGUCGGUUCAACGGCAGUAAACGGUGCCAGUGGCACUGGAACUGAUGGAAAUGGCGCUUGGACAGCAAAUGGUGGCUCCAGCAAUGUUGGCCAAACCACUUCUGGCACAGACGUAGUUACAACUGGCAACGACAACGGAUGGUACGGCCCAGGACCCCAAACGACCGUCGUCCAAGGAGGAGACACUUCCCAGGUCGGUUCAACGGUAGCAAAUGGUGCCAGUGGCACUGAUAACAAUGGCCCUUGGCCGGCAAAUGGCAAUGGCGCUUGGACGGCAAAUGGUGGCUCCAGCAAUGUUGGCCAAACCACUUCUGGCACAGACCUAGUUACUACUGGCAACGACAACGGAUGGUACGGACCAGGAGAUCAAACGACCGUCGUCCAAGGAGGAGACACUUCCCAGGUCGGUUCAACGGCAGUAAACGGUGCCAGUGGCACUGGCACUGAUGGAAAUGGCGCUUGGACAGCAAAUGGUGGCUCCAGCAAUGUUGGCCAAACCACUUCUGGCACAGACGUAGUUACUACUGGCAACGACAACGGAUGGUACGGCCCAGGACCCCAAACGACCGUCGUCCAAGGAGGAGACACUUCCCAGGUCGGUUCAACGGUAGCAAACGGUGCCAGUGGCACUGAUAACAAUGGCCCUUGGCCGGCAAAUGGCAAUGGCGCUUGGACGGCAAAUGGUGGCUCCAGCAAUGUUGGCCAAACCACUUCUGGCACAGACGUAGCUACUACUGGCAACGACAACGGAUGGUACGGACCAGGAGGUCAAACGACCGUCGUCCAAGGAGGAGACACUUCCCAGGUCGGUUCAACGGUAGCAAACGGUGCCAGUGGCACUGAUAACAAUAGCCCUUGGCCGGCAAAUGGCAAUGGCGCUUGGACGGGAAAUGGUGGCUCCAGCAAUGUUGGCCAAACCACUUCUGGCACAGACGUAGUUACUACUGGCAACGACAACGGAUGGUACGGCCCAGGACCCCAAACGACCGUCGUCCAAGGAGGAGACACUUCCCAGGUCGGUUCAACGGUAGCAAAUGGUGCCAGUGGCACUGGCACUGAUGGCAAUGGCGCUUGGACGGCAAAUGGUGGCUCCAGCAAUGUUGGCCAAACCACUUCUGGCACAGACGUAGUUAUUGCUCUAAACGGUGGAUCAGGAAGCCCAGUCUUAAUCGUCCAGGGUGGAGACACUACCCAAGUUGGUUCAACGACAGCAAACGCUGCUAGUGGUACUGACCUUGAUCAACCCGGGCCUAUUGUCAUUGAUGAUGAGGAUAUAGCUGAUGAUUGGACCGGAGAUGUGGAAGAAACUCAGAUUGCCCCAACUGUGGUUGGAUGGAGUAAGGAUCGAAGACCUAUUAUCAUUCCUCGUCGACGAUGCAGAGGGUCGAUAUGCAUUUGUUACGGCCAUGUUAGAGAUAUACCAAGACAACUGCGCAGACAAAUUGGACUUUAGAUGUCCCAGAUCUUUGUAAGCUUAUUUCUAUAAUCUGUCUAUCCAUGGUUUGCGCACUGGAGAUAGAACUAGUUAAUGUCUUUAAGUCAAUAGAUUGAGAUAGGUUAUAGAAAUCUUUUGUAUGCUUACUCUGGACAUUUUGACAUAUGUUGUGUGCUAUAAAGUAUUGUAACGCCAACCCAUAUUUUAAUAUGUAUUGUAUUUAUCUUUAUCGAGCAAGUGUAAAAAUCCUAACUCGUUUAGGGCCCAAAAAAAAUGUUUUUUAUGCUAUUUUUCAAUAAAUAUAUUUUAUUCUAUGUAUCAUAA